UGUUGGCGGUGCUUGCCUGGUGGGCCGGGGCGGCCUUGCCGCUUCCCUGCGGCUGUAAUGAGAAAAUGCGUCACCUGGCGGUAAGCAGGUCUUGGGCCCGGUGCCGGGGAGGGCGGGCCCGCGCCUGCGCGGGGCUGCACACGUGGACGCGCCGGCGCCGAGCAGCGGGGCGGCUGCGGGGAGCCAUGGGGAAGAGCCGCGCGCGGCGGUUCCGCAAGAACCCAUUCGCCCCCGCCGGCUCCGAGCAGCGCUGCGAUGGGGAGGGCGGCCCCGAGGAAGAGCCCGCGGCGGUGGAGCUGCUGGAGAAGCUGCAGCAUCCAAGUGCUGAAGUGAGAGAGUAUGCCUGUGCCAGUAUUUCCAAGCUGUUGCAGCAGAAGCAUGUAAUCCCAGCCUUUCUGCAGAGAGAUGUGGUCAGGUGUUUAGGACCAUUGUUGAUGGAUCACAGUUUAGCUGUUCGUGAGACAGCUGCAGGUGCUCUCCGAAAUUUGAGUGCUUGUGGAGGAUUUGAAGUCUGUAAUGAUAUGGUGACAAAAGACAUCAUGACACCCCUUGUGGCACUUCUGAAAGAGUGUAGCACUGGACUAGAUGCUAACCAGCUCUCUCCAAAGAAAUGCAAAGAGAUGAAUAAAAAUCAUAUUGAAGACAUAGCCAAUGAGGCCAUUAAUUUGCUGUGGAAUGUAUGUGAAUGCAACAAUACUGCAGUAUCCAUUUUCAAUAAAGAAGGAUGCCUGGAGGCUGUGUUACACUACAUGAAAAAAUUUUCCACAAAUGUGGAUCUGGCUAUUUCAGUAGCAAACUGCUUGCAGGCAGUGACAGAAGAUAAUCCAGAUCUUCUUUCCUCAUUCAAUGCUUCUGCACAACAAGUAUUGGAGACCGUAAUGUUGAGUCCAGAGAGUACAAUGAAGCAUAUUCUUCUGAGAACACUGAUAGCAGGCACUAUCUGGAAUAUCAAGGAUACCAUUCCACCAGGCAGCCUGGGAAGCACGGUUAAUGCGAUCCUGAAGAUCUUUUCAGAAUCAUUAGCAAUAGAUGCUGGGGAAACAAUUAUUCAUAUGAAGGAAGCUGAAAAAAACAGGUUAAAACUUGCUGCGGAGGCAGAAACUGAGGAAGGUGUGAGUGAUGUUACAUAUGACUUUGUUUUGUGUGAAGAUGAUGACAUGGAAGAAAUACCAAAAGGAAAAGUCAGAAAAGAAAAUGACAUCUCAGACCUACUUCCAUCUGAUAAGUGGGAACUGAAAGAAGUGACAGCUUUACUGAUGGCUCAGCAGACUGCUCUGGAAAUUAUUGUUAAUAUGUGCUGCAGUGAAGAUCCCUCUGAUGAUGAAUGGGAAGAACUCUCCAGCAGUGAUGAAAGCGACUUGUUUAUGGAAAACUCAUACAAUGAGGGGGGAGGGCUGCUAAUGUCACCCCUGUGCCUCUCUGGUGAGGUUCACUCAGCGUUUCUGAAUAACCUCAUUCCAAAGAAGAUUCUUGAAAAAACUGCUUUUCCGAACAGUGUUGCUCUAGACAUCUGUAUGGACAAUCUGUCUUGGAAACCAUUAAUUAAAAAGCUGAAUGCAGUGCAAUGUAGAGCUUUAACAUGUCUUCAUAGCAUUUUGUUAGUGUCAGAUGUGGAUUGUCUUGGAGGAGCUUCAGCACUUCAGUCCCUUGCACAACAUCUCUCGCAGCUAGUGUUUUCUAAAACAGAACUCCCUACAGACACAGAAUUCCUGGAAGCCAUAACCAGUGCUUUGAGGGCUCUCCUACAAACAAUGGCAUCAAAGAACAUCUCCCAGUGUAUGACUCCUGAGCAGCUAUUGGCUUUAUGUGAAGCAGGUAUUCACUGCAGCAAUCCCAGUGUUAGAGUGAACGUAGUGAGCAUCCUUGGAAUUUCUGGCAGCGUCCUGGCAAAAGGACAAGAUACAGCUGAAACACUAAAGAUGAUUGGAAGAUUUCUUCUUGAGGUUGCCAUGAAGGAAUCUUCUCUUGUGGUAGCAGGGGAAGCCUUGGAUGCACUUUUUGAUGUAUUUGCAGAUGGUAAAGAAGCAGAAAAGGCAGCAGUACAGAUCAAGUUGCUUCCAGCACUGAAAGAAUUUCAGCCAGUGUUCAAAAUGAGGAUGCGAAAAGAAGGCAAAGGACAAUGUAGUACAGAUCAGCUGUGUGUUCUUGACAAUGUGAAGAUGAAUUUGAGAAGAUUCAUUGCGUAUCAGGAGACACUAGGGAAAACCCCAACUUGAAACAUCGAGGAACUUUAAACUAAGGUUUCCCUUACUGAAUAAUGUUUUCCAAAAAUAUAACUGUUUUGAACUUCUAAAAUUUAUUGAGCGGAGCAGUUUUGUUUUCAUGUUAAUACUGCAUUUUUUUAAUCUUCAGUAUUUUUAUACUUCUGGGUUGAUGCAAUAUGAAAGUCACAUCAGCGUAAAAAAAACAUAGCAUGCAUUGACAUUAAAUGUUAGCAGUGAUAAGAAUGUGCUCUUGCAGUCCUGAGGUCUGUACAUGGCACCACUGUUGUUGUUUAGAAAUCCUCACGUAUCCUGGCAGAAAACUGUAAUUGCAUGAAAAGGCAAUUUAGAAAAUAUUCUCGGUUAUGUGCCAGAUCAAGAAAAAAGUUUUAAAAACUCAGUAUUUUUCAGGGAAUUGAGCAGUGGCAGAAUGUUCGUAUUUGGUAUUUGCUCUUACCUGUUUCUAGAAUUGCACAGGCACUUAUGGCAAGCUUCCCAAGAGAAAGAAAAGUGUGUGACAAGCGUGUAGAGUACUGCCAGCACUUGGAUCUGUUACUUCAUGAGGUUCAUCAAAGAAAAAACUGUUUCAGAUUCACUUAUGAUAAAUUCAGUGCAAUAGCUUUUUGCUGUGGAAAUCAGUGUGAGAGGAUCCUAUGUUUAUAUGCAGCUCCUUGUUUUUACUUUAUUUUGAUUGGUAUUUCUGAAAAUCAAGUCUUCUGAUCUACUUUCUUCCCUGUAAUUCUGCAUAAGAAUGAAUUUGAAUUCAGGGAAGCAGUAAGCCUAAUAAGUAUCUUUUUAUACUGAGGUAUUAUCUAAAGUAACUUUAUAAUUGCUUAAAAUAUCUUUUUCAAUUAUUUGUGAUAGAGAUUUUUAAGAUGUAAAAUACAGAAACUAUUUUCAAAAGUCACUGAUUCAUGAAGAUUGUAUGUAAGCUUCUGUAUGUCCAAAACUUUGGUUUUAUUUCUGUGAAUGAGAUCCUCUUAUACACUUUUUUUAAAAGGAAGAAAAAUCACAAUCAAACAAAAGCAUUUUGUUAUGCUGAUUUUUGAAAUGGGAGUUUUUCCCUUCCCUCUUCUCUUAACAUGCUGCCUUAGCAUAGGCACCUAGUUUUUGGGCAAAAUUUUGCCCAUGGUGUUAGGCAUGGAACUACAAAGACCAAAUUUGCUCUGUUUGUUAGAUUUCAGUCUUAGAUUGGAAAGCAGGCUCAGGAACUGACUGGGUAACUUGCAAAUGACAGACUUGAUGAAAUCCUGAAAUAGUAUUUAGUCAAAUGCAAAAGAAAGUGAAAAAUUAGUUUAAGCAGCUAUGCUGCCUCAAAGUCCUGUUACUGCUAUUACUUUAGAGGAUUUGGAUGAAAUGUAUGAUGUGAUGCAAUACCUGCUGAUGAAAUGAGUGAGCGAGCGUGGGAUCAGGAGGGCUCAAGGGCCAUUGAGCCUGGUCCAGGAUAAGUCCUAAGGAGCACAGAGCAGCUAAAGGGUUAUCCUGGGAUUUGGCAGGGGCAGGCUGUGAAGAGGGCUGGAGUGUAACAGCUGAGGAAAGAGUAGCUAGGAGGAUUACAGCAUACGAAUGCAGAGUGAGUGCAUUUUAAUCCCAAUGCUAGUUAUACUUGCUGUACACUGAAGAUAGUAUAAUAUUAGUGUGAUAAAAGGCAUUAAUGUUUGUUUGGAGCACUUAAAAGGACAUUCAUGCAGUUCUGCUGUCAUUUUCUGGGUGCUACAUUGGAGUACAGGAUGAUCUAGGUUGGAAAGGAUCUCUGGAGGUCCCUUAGUCCAGUCCCCUGCUUAAAGCAGGAUUUACUCUGGAAUCAGGUUGUGCUAGGCCUUGAGCAUCUCCAAGGAUGGAAAUCCCACAACUCUGGACAGCCUUUUCCAGUGCUUGACUGCCCUUGCUGUGAAAACUUUAUUUUUUUAACUUUUCCCCUUGUACAUAGCAGGACUUCACCCUGCUGCAAAAUGUGUCCCUUGUCCUUUGAAUGCACACCACCAAAGAAAGUCUGCUUCCAUCUCUUAUAACCCCCAUUUGGUAGUUGAAAACAACAAUUAUAUCCCCUCUUCUCCAGGACAAAUAAUCCCAGUGCCUUCAGCCCAUCCUUGUACUUCGUGUGCUCAAGUCCUCUAACCAUCUUGGUGGCUUUCUGCUUGACCUGCCCUACCUAUGUCUUAUACUGGGGGGCCCAAAACUGGACACAGUAUUCUAGAUGUGAUCUCAUGAGUGCUGAAUUGAGAGAAGUAAUUGGUUUUCUUGACCUCCUGGCCAUGCUUCUGCUAAUGCAGCCUGUUAUUUAUUAUCCUUCAUCACUGCAAGGGUGCACUGCUAACUUCAACUUAUUGUCUACCAGGACCUUUAGGCCCUUCCCUACAAAGCUGCUUUUUGGUCAUUAAGUCUAGAGCCUGCUCUGGUUUAUGGGAUUACUUUGUCCCAAGUGUAGGACUUUGCAUUUUUUAUCAAGUAUAGCAGUCAAAAUCUGGUACCUGGUGACUGUUAGAACAAUUAAGUGUGUUAUUUUGUUUAGGGAUAUUUUUUAGGUUAUUAAUGAGAAUGAACAUUUCACAUUGAAAUAUGAAUCUGAAAGUUGCAGAUAAAUAUAUAGAAGAUAGUGCAUCCACUAGAAAAACUAGUUUUCAUAAUAUAAUCUAUCAAUCCUUCAAGUGAAAAGACAGACUGUCAUUUAGAUCUUGAACUAUUUCAGCAGUAGGAAUGCAUGGAUUUUUUUUUUUGCUAUGCACAAAUCAGUUGAAUGCCUUAAAAAAAAAAAAAUCACUUGUGUCAUAGUAAGACAGGUGCAUAGUAUGAACCGUAUCACUUGCGGAAGUAUGUGAUUUUUAGUGCUUGAAGUAUUUGCUUCUGUCUUCCAGUUCACAUGCUACUUCUAGCUCAUAUCUGAAAGAGAAAUAAGGACAUGCAGAGGCAUUUUGGUUUCUUGUGAGUUUGUAUUAAAAUUCUAACACACAAAAAUGGAAAUAAUCCCUUCACCUUUGUUGGAGACUGGAGUGUUUCAGUGGGUCUGUUUGGCUGAGGAGAGCAUGAAGCACUGACAAGCUGGUGGCCCUGUCUCCAGCUGACCAGAUGUGUCUGGGUUGAUUGAGGGGUAAGCUAUAGCUCUUGGGAGGUGUUUUUGUUGUUUUGUUCACCUCAUCACUAAUAUUAAUGAAGCUUUUAUACGUGAUUUCCUAAUAUCCCAUGUUGUAAGAUCUUUGCCAAAGUCUAUUGCCCUUACUGGUGGCCCAUAGCAAAAUGAAGCCCUGAUCUUCCUUUAGGGUUUCUAUGAUAUUAUAGUUGUCUAAUAAUAAUAAUUAGCCAACUGCAUAUUUUGAUGUCCAUACUUUUAUUUCUCUGAAUGAGAAAAUCUUAUUCUAUCACCUGCCUAGCUACCAGUUUAGUGUAACUUGGUGUCCAAUGGAGGGCUUGUGACUGAAUGAGAGGAAUAAAUUUGUGUUAAUUUAGAGAACACGUUCUCCUUGUAAGGGGCAAGAUAGAAGUUAAUAGAAAAGCAUGGAAGACUUUUGAAGACUUGUCUGUGGAAGACAAGGCAAGUUAUCAGUGAUUUAAAGAAGUGUCCUGGGGCCUAAAACCAGAAAGAUCUAUAAGUACAGAAGAGCUCAGCAGUAAGAUUGGGACUGUAAAACUUGUUCUGACCCAGUUAAGGAAAAUUAAUGCAGCAGCAGAAGUGAUGAUGUGGUGCAACUUAAAUGUUUUGGGGGCUCUUUUGGCACUGAUUUAUUUAAAUAGGUAUAGGGUAAGCUUAAGACGAAGACAGGAUCCUUGAUAGCCUACAACGGCAAAGCUAGAUCUUGAAGAUGCUUUGCGGGUGGCAGAAAUUGGACUGAUCUAGACAGUGUGCAGCAUAAGUAAAUAGAUGCUAAAUAGAUGUAAGUGAUCUUCAUCAGUUCAUGUAAUCUCACAGAUAAGACUGAUAUCAAAACAGGUAUCUGAAUUUGUUUGCUUAUCCUGGUCCCCAAGGCAUCAUCUGUGCUUCACCUAAAAUCCUUUGGAAGUGUGGAUUGCUUCUUUGUCUCCCUGUCUGACACCUAGCACAACAGAAUCUGGCUGUGGGUUGACAUUUUAUACCAAAAUAGGUGGUGAAUUUAAGUUGGCUAUGGUAUUGAGUAAAGAGGGCUGUGUGCUCCCCACCCUGUUCAGAAGCAGGACUGGUGGCAGUUGCUGCUGCUUUGGCCUCUCUGCAGUCUGCAAAAUGUUGAAUCCUCAGCUGUGUAGAUAAGGAGUUAUCAUUGCUAUGUGGUUUUAUUUUUGCUCUCUAUGAAAAGAAACAAGUGGCAAAAUAUAAAUAAGCAUUUGUUGUGAAAUACUUAUUGUAUUUGAAUGUCAAGAAGCCUUGACAUUCAGAAGAUGGCUUUAUACCACGUUAUAGUCAACAGUUAACUAUUUCGGGUUUGUGGUGUGUGGUGAAGGUACCUUUUUGUACAGUAUGGGUCUUUUUAAAGAUUGUCAUCUUAGAGGAACAAGAAUAACUUUAACCAGUACUACUUGGCUUGGUUUUACGUUUGUAUUUUGAGACAAAAUGUAAAAAAACCAAAAGAGCACAGUAAAAUUACAAAAAGAGAACUGUGUCAGAGAACAAAGUCAUUUAAAAUCCUUUUGUAGUUAAGUAUUAUAAAUGAAAUGUGUAUCUCCUGGAAUAUUAACAUAAAACAACCAAUCAAAAAUGUGCAUAAACUCAAGUUCUGUUUCCUUAGUAAUUUUCAGUAAAAAGCAUUACCAGGGGAUUGGAUAGAAACAUCUAGACUUACUUUUACUGUUGCAAAUUCAAACUCAGGCAACGGUAGAGGUAAUUGAAAAUAAUGUAACUGUUCAUUCUAGCACAGAUGAAUUGAGCAAACAACCUAAAUGUAGUUUGUGGUGGACAUACUGUUAAGAUAUAUAAUAUUAAGAUAAUUGGCAAAACCUGAACACUGACAGUUACGGCAGAUUAAGAAGCAUGAAGUUUUUCCGCAACGGCUGAAACAUGGUGAGCUGCCUUGUUUGAAGAAGCUUUUACUUGACUGGUGGGUGGUUUUUUGUCUAAAUUCCAAAUAAAUUCAAACUGUUAACUUUUGCA